UUAAAUCCAAGACCCGAGGGCACUUCCAGCCCCUUUAGGGAUGAAGGGUCCCGCUGGGCCGGUUGCCCGGCAACUAAUUGCUACUGCCAGGGCAGAAAGUGGGUGGGAUGAAGGAAAAGGACUUGGAUCAAGGACACGAAAAAAAUGGCGUGGGCGGGCUUCUCGAAGGUCUCUGCUCUAGGAUGCACGGGGUCUUCCAAAGACAUUAGAAUGAGAAUGCCGCCUUCCGAUUGUGAAAAACGGGUCUCUACCAGGAGACAGCUCCGCUGCACAGCCUCGUCCCUCUCGCUUCCUCCCUCUGCUCCCAGUAACCAUCUUCUGGGCUCCAGAAGCACCGCAGGGGAGCAAACCCGGGGCUCCUGACCCUUUAAACGUGACCUACGGAGGCCGAAAGAGCUAACCCUGACGUGGAACAAGGAGGCGUUCGCAUCUCCGCCACGUGGUACUCGGAGGCGUUCAUCUUGGAACCGGGCAAGGCAAAGUUUUUCCGCGGGUCGCUGUAUAAGUCAAUGGAGAAACCAGAGACGUAUCCGUCCUCGUUUGUCGUUCCGUGAUUGUUGCUUCAAUGCUUCCGGGAUGACGGAAUGGUGAAACAAAGCCCCCAGGGCCUCUCUUUUGCCCUUAUCAAAAAUGGCCGCCCCGCCUUCAGCGGGCAAGCUGCUCCCCGGACUAGAACCGGGCGGAAGCGGAGUUGGGCAAGUACUGCGGGGCGGGCCAAGGUUGCUUUGGUGGAGACUAGUGGAAGCGCCCCAAGGGAGGGCUGGAUUUUGCUCACACUGGUGCGGCAGGCGGCUACUCCUUGCCGAGGCUUCAGGGCGUCUGCCCGGCUGGCCUGUUACUAGAAGGCAGCGAAGCGGGAGCCGCCGCUGACCAUGUGGGUCCUUCCGGAAAUGCCGCUGCCGCUGCUGGUGAAUUUGAUCGGCUCGCUGCUGGGAUUUGCGGCCACGCUCACCCUCAUCCCCGCCUUCCACGGCCACUUCAUGAACGCGGGCCUCUCUGGCAAGGACCUCAACAAAUAUGACCAGCAGCGAAUCCCAGAGGCCCAGGGAGUGAUCAGCGGUGCGGUUUUCCUUAUCAUCCUCUUCUGCUUCAUCCCUUUCCCUUUCCUGAACUGCUUUAUGGAGGAGCAGUGCAAAGACUUCCCCCACCACGAAUUUGUGGCCCUGAUAGGUGCCCUCCUUGCCAUCUGCUGCAUGAUUUUCCUGGGCUUCGCCGAUGAUGUGCUGAACCUGCGUUGGCGCCACAAACUACUGCUGCCCACCGCUGCCUCCCUCCCGCUGCUCAUGGUCUAUUUCACCAACUUCGGGAACACUACCAUAGUGGUCCCUAAGCCCUUCCGGUGGCUUCUUGGCCUGCAUCUGGACUUGGGGAUCCUGUACUAUGUGUAUAUGGGGCUGCUGGCAGUGUUCUGUACCAAUGCCAUCAACAUCCUGGCAGGGGUCAAUGGCCUGGAGGCUGGCCAGUCCCUAGUCAUUUCUGCAUCCAUCAUUGCCUUCAACUUGGUGGAGCUGGAAGGUGACUACCGGGAUGAUCAUGUCUUUUCCCUGUACUUCAUGAUACCCUUCUUUUUCACCACCUUGGGACUGCUCUACCAUAACUGGUACCCAUCCCGGGUGUUUGUGGGUGAUACCUUCUGUUACUUUGCGGGCAUGACCUUCGCCGUGGUGGGCAUCCUGGGACACUUCAGCAAGACCAUGCUGCUCUUCUUCAUGCCCCAGGUGUUCAACUUCCUCUACUCGCUGCCUCAACUCCUGCACAUCAUCCCCUGUCCUCGCCACCGUAUGCCCAGACUCAAUACCGACACAGGGAAACUGGAGAUGAGCUAUUCCAAGUUCAAGACCAAGAGCCUCUCUUCCUUGGGCACCUUUAUACUAAAGGUAGCAGAGAGCCUACGGCUAGUGACUGUGCGGCACGGUGAGAACGAGGAUGGGGCCUAUACUGAGUGCAACAAUUUGACUCUCAUCAACUUGCUGCUUAAAGUCUUGGGGCCCAUGCAUGAGAGAAACCUCACGGUGUUCCUGCUGCUGGUACAGAUCCUGGGCAGUGCCCUCACCUUCUCUAUCCGGUAUCAGCUUGUCCGUCUUUUCUAUGAUGUGUGAGAGACCUGGUCGUUGACUGUCUCUUCAGUCUCCAGGGUGCCCGACUCAGGCCAGCCUCUUUCUGGACCAAGACUACCUCCUGGCCAGGCCAUGUUCACCCUUCAAUCUCCAUCAGAUUUUGUCCUGAGCAUUUCCCUUCCCCUGUGAUGACUGACUGGCUGGACAUUGGCCUCUGCCUGUGGCCUUCUUUCUCUUGUCACUCUCCCUCUCCAGCUCGUGCAGGUGGAAUGCCGUGACUUUCAAGCUGUUCUCCACAACACUAUCCCCAUAUCAGGCCAGGGGAUAAAACCCUGGUUGGGGACAGGAAGAGACACUGGAAGGUGUCUUGAUAUUGAACUAUUAAUGAAGUAUUCUGAUCACUAAGCGCAGACAGGGGCCAGGUGCUCCUAGUGGUAACAAUAAAGUGUUAUCUUUUU